UGCCAAUAAAUCGUGUGUAGUGUAAACGGGGCUGAAAAGUCGCUGAAUGUGUGUAAAUUUAGACUUCCACACAGUGUGUGGGGCACACAGUCAGGAGGGGUAGAUUAUAUGGAACUAGGCUCAAGUGUUAUCACUUGUAUGCAUAAGCCAAACAUUGUUGCUGCGUUACGGCCCUUUGAUUUCAUUGUUUAUUUAUUUUCUUCGUUUCACUCGCAGGAUUGACAAAAUAUGAAUGGGAAUACGACCUCGUCGCCUGUUAAAAACCAACCAAAUGAUAUUCAGGAAGUACAGAAAUCCUUGGUGCAUGUGACUGAUUUAGGACACGAUGAACACAAGUGUUUACUUGUCGUGAAUCAGUCGAAUGAAGCCACGAUUACCGUGUUUAUUUAUCCCUCAUGGUCCAAACUCUGUGUUGUAUCCAUUCGUUCGAAAAUAAUCCAACCAAAAGAAAAGAAUCUUAUAUACGAGGAAGCAAAAUUCAAGUUCAAAAUUGUAGCUGACUUCAAAGACGAUCGUAAAAAAAAGGUUCUGCAAAAACCUAUAAUCUGGGUGAAAGAUCAGUUACUCAGGAUCACCGAAUCACUGGACUGCACCGCGGAGGACCUCGCCAAUUAUCCUGAAGAAAAACGUGUCUGCCUUCGGAAGAUGCAUUUAAGAAAUGAACUAAGUAUAACGAGUGGCAAGGUGAACUUGUACGAUAUUUUAGGAUUGGAUAUGGCUGAAAUCCGCAAGCUGGACGUUGCAAAACAAAGAACGGAAAUUAACAAAGCAUUUCGCGAGAAGAUUAUCAUUUGGCAUCCUGAUAAGAAUUUUGGUGAUGCUGAGAUUGCAAUCCAAAUUAUACAAGCGAGGGAGAUUUUACUUGAUGAUGAAAAACGAGCUUGUUAUCAUAAUGAAGCCGAUUACGAUGAAGGAUGGUUGUCUCCAAAACGCUACAUGGCAAUUUUCUGGCCCGACUGUUAUACCGAAGAACAAAAGACGGCCUAUUGGCGUAGAAUUUUUCUUACGUGUGUUUCGUUGGGGAUUUUCAUUGGCGGGGUCGGCUUGACGGCUGUUACUGCUGGUUUUGCGGCCCCGGGAACAGUUGCAUGUGGAGCGGUUUUCGGUGGAGGAUUAACCGGAGCUGGAAUGUUAUCUGGGUUUGAUACAAUAAAUAAGAAGUCCGUUACAGGAGAAAGCGAUUUCAAGACAUGGCUCGCGAAGGCUGGAUUCGGGUUUGUAGGUGGCGCUGUCACUGGAGGAGCAGCUGUCGGCAUUACAUCGGAAAUAGUCGGCAUCGGAAGUGCCGCGUUGGAAUCUAGCGCUGUGACGUUGAGUCAAUACGCUGGACUUGGCGCCGCAACUGGUGCCGUAGGAGGUGUGUCGUCAUCGCUGACCGCAGAUGCCGCGAAGAAGCUGGUUGAUGGAGAAGAGGUCACGUGGAAGCAGACCCUUGGGCAUGCGUUGGUUGGAGGGACGAUCGGAGCGGCUACCGGAAGUUUGACUGGCAUGGUCACCAAAGCUGUAGUUAAUCGUCAAGAGACUGCAGCCUCGGCAACUCUUGAGGGAGAAAUUGCGGAGCAGGUUGUUAUACUGACCGGAGCAAGACGCUUCGGUUAUAAUUUUGCACAAAGCAUCAGUCGAAAGUUGACCGAAUCUGGAACGAAGGCGGUUAUGGAAACGGCGGCUCAGUUCCUCGAAGAACGUCUGGAUGAUUCCGUUGAAAAUCAACAUCCGAUGGAUCACGUCGUUGACGCGGCGAAGAAUAUGGCGGCCGCUGUCGGUAAGACAGAUGUUUGUAGCGCGGGAACUACUGUUUUUGCAUCCAUCUCUGGUCCACCGAACGUAGAGAAACCUGAGGAUGGAACCCUGAGGGGAGAAAACUUUAAAAAUGAUCAAGUGGAACAAGAAAGCCACUGCCAGAUUCGAUAUGACAUGGCUGAUAAAAACAGCGAACCUCGUAUCGAAUGGAAAAAAACCGAAGUGGAAUGCAGUUACGAGACACCAGCCAAAACCGGUGAACAACUUCAUUCAACUUCUGGCGGUGUUAGUGAUGAAUUCGAUGCGCCAAGUGAUGAGGAAAAAGCGGGCGAAGAAUCACGGGAAGGAACGAUCAGAUAUAAGUUCGAAGGAUUUUUGUUAUCAAAAAUGAUCGUCGCGUAUUUCCUAAAUGGCCAAAGAAUCGAAAAAGAAGCAAGUGGCAGUGGAAAAAUUGUCAAAGUACCUUUAGAUGCAACAAAAGUUGAGGUCAGAUUUCAAGUUAUGUGUCCGACUUGGGGUGACGUCAUGAAGUACGAUCGCUUUACCAAUACUUGGUGUGAACCAGCUGAGCCGCACGUAUUCAGGUACGAACAGCCACCAUCGGAACGCACGUUUACUGUCGACGGUAUCUUUCGAAUGGCGGUGAUAAGAGUAAGUGAUUGUUAUCACGAGGAAACUAGAGAAAUGGAAUAGGAGCAUUAUUCUGACGAGUUUGAUUAAUUGAUUGGUACUUUAUUAUCUUUACCCAUAGAAGCUUUUCAAAGACAAUUGCCUAAUUACAGAAUAACUAAUUAUAUAAUAACUAUAUACUAUUAAUUAGAUACAAUUACAAACUAAUUAUACAAGGAAGAAACUAAUUACUUAAAAACUCACUCAAUAACUUCGUCUUCAAACAACGUUUAAAAGAAUCGACUGAUUCGCAAAGUUUUAAGGAGGAGAAAGUUCGGGUGUCGGCGAACAGCAAAGUACGCUAUAAUUGGGAACGGUUAAAUGAAGGAACAUGAUUUAUAUGCGAUUAAAUUUCUGCUUGUACAGCUAUUCUAACUUGGAAUUAUUAAAAUUUGGAAUUAUUAAUUAUUGUUAUAUAGGUGCUUUGUAUUUUUAAUGUGAUUAGUUCAUUUGUAGCCAUUCCCGCCAGGGAAACAAGUGAAAAAUUAUAUUUGUCGUCUUUAGUAGAAAAUGUGAAAAAGUAUAAUAAAUUUUAUAUGAACAACAAUUAUUUGGAAAUACCAUAAUGUAACACUUGAAAAUUGGGAAUACAAUUGGUAAAUGGAAAUGAUAUUAGAUUAGUUUUUUAACCCUGGUUAACGAAGGAGUAUCAUUUGUUCUUAGAUGGAAGAAAAAAACUUAGUCACCUUUUUUUUAAGCUUUACUCGAUAUAGCCUUACUAUGCCCAGAAAGUUGGUAAAGGUUAGAAUACCACGAUCCCUCUCGAGGCCUCUCAUUUUUUCGUUCUUUGCAAUUUUAAAUUUUAAUGUGAACCUGAUAU